AGAACCUGAUUCUGAAUGACCCGGACUUCCAGCACGAGGACUUGAAUUUCCUCACCCGCAGCCAGCGCUACGAGGUGGCCGUUAGGAAGAGUGCCAACAUGGUGAAGAAGAUGCGGGAGUUCGGCAUCGCGGACCCCGAGGAGAUCAUGUGGUUUAAAAAAAUACAUUUGGUCAAUUUUGUGGAACCUGUGGGCCUCAAUUUCUCCAUGUUUAUUCCUACCUUGCUGAAUCAGGGCACCACUGCUCAGCAGGAGAAAUGGCUGCUUUCAUCCCGAGGACUCCAGAUAAUUGGCACCUACGCCCAGACGGAAAUGGGCCACGUUUUGUGCACCGAGGGCGGCCUGAGCCUCUGGAUCUCCACUUGGGCAUGUUCUUGCCCACUUUACUCCACCAGGCAACCAUGGAGCAGCAGGAACGCUUCUUCAUUCCCGCUUGGAACUUGGAGAUCAUUGGCACUUAUGCCCAGACAGAGAUGGGCCAUGGAACUCAUCUCCGAGGCUUGGAAACCACAGCCACUUACGACCCUGAAACUCAAGAGUUCAUUCUCAACAGCCCUACUGUGACCUCCAUCAAGUGGUGGCCUGGUGGACUUGGAAAGACCUCGAAUCACGCAAUAGUUCUUGCCCAACUCAUCACUAAGGGGAAGUGCUAUGGGUUACACGCCUUCAUCGUACCCAUUCGUGAAAUUGGGACACAUAAGCCUUUGCCAGGUAUUACCGUGGGAGACAUCGGGCCCAAAUUUGGCUAUGAUGAGAUGGACAACGGCUACCUGAAGAUGGACAAUUACCGUAUUCCUAGAGAAAACAUGCUGAUGAAGUACGCCCAGGUGAAGCCUGAUGGCACAUACGUGAAGCCUGUGAGUAACAAGCUGACCUACGGGACCAUGGUGUUUGUGAGGUCGUUCCUCGUGGGAGAAGCCGCUCGGUCCCUGUCCAAGGCCUGCACAAUUGCUAUCCGGUAUAGCGCUGUGAGGCACCAGUCUGAAAUCAAGCCAGGUGAACCAGAACCACAGAUUUUGGAUUUUCAGACCCAGCAGUAUAAACUCUUCCCACUCCUGGCCACUGCCUAUGCCUUCCAGUUUGUGGGCGCAUACGUGAAGGAGACCUACCAUCGGAUUAAUGAGGGUAUUGGCCAAGGGGAUCUGAGUGAACUGCCCGAGCUCCACGCCCUCGUCGCUGGCCUGAAGGCUUUCACCUCCUGGACAACGAAUGCCGCUAUCGAAGCCUGUCGGAUGGCGUGCGGUGGGCACGGCUACUCUCACUGCAGCGGCCUUCCGAAUAUCUACGUCACGUUUACCCCCACCUGCACCUUUGAGGGCGAGAACACCGUCAUGAUGCUGCAGACGGCGAGGUUCCUGAUGAAAAGUUACGACCAGGUGCACUCAGGGAAGCUGGUGGGCGGCAUGGUGUCGUACCUGAAUGACCUGCCCGCUCAGCGCAUCCAGCCGCGGCAGGUGGCGGUGUGGCCGACUGUGGUGGACAUCGACAGCCCUGACAGCCUGAUGGAAGCGUACAAGCUUCGUGCAGCCAGAUUGGUAGAAAUUGCUGCAAAAAACCUUCAAAAUGAAACAAUUCAGAGAGAAAGCAAGGAGGUAGCAUGGAACCUAACCUCCGUGGACCUUGUUCGAGCCAGCGAGGCACAUUGCCACUAUGUGGCAGUUAAGCUCUUCUCAGAAAAACUCCUCAAAAUUCAAGAUAAAUCUGUCCACGCUGUCUUAAGGAAUUUAUGUCUCUUGUAUUGUCUCUAUGGAAUCAGUCAGAAGGCAGGGGAUUUUCUUCAGGGAAGCAUCAUGACAGCGUCUCAAAUUACCCAAGUAAAUCAGCGCAUAAAGGAGUUGCUGACUGCAAUUCGCCCAGACGCUGUUGCUCUGGUGGACGCAUUUGAUUUUCAGGAUGUGACACUCGGCUCUGUGCUUGGCCGUUAUGAUGGGAACGUGUAUGAAAAUUUGUUUGAGUGGGCCAAGAAAUCCCCACUGAACAAAUCAGAGGUCCACGAGUCUUACUACAAGUACCUGAAGCCACUGCAGUCCAAGCUCUGAAGGGUCGUGGGGACAAGUUCCACUCGCUCCAGGAAGCAGCUAGACUCAUCACCCCUUAACACUUGUCAUGCAAAUCUGCUUGGAAUCUUUACCAAACUCGGAGAGCUGUAGAGCAAAUGAUAAAUUGAGCCCUUUCCUCUUUUGAUAAAUGAAGAAGAAAAAUGAACAGAUUUCAGAGAUUAAAUGAAAAAAAAAAAAACCAGAUGUGUUUGAAGUGCACUUAACAUGGCAAGAGGCCUGUCAAGCCCCAGAAAGAGCUUUAAGAGAUACAGCGUGACUUCCAUCUGUAGUGCUGCUGAUCCCCGUAGGCCAUGACCUUGGAUAAUUCGUAGAAUUUAACUACUGAGUAGUUAAUUAUUUUCACCUCUUAAGCGCUAAUCACUGGGUAUAUAAGUGUUUUUAAGCAAAGGUAUUUUAUAUGGGGGGUAAAGCCCUUCCCACCUUUUCUGCUAAACGUCCUACCACUCCUGCCGUGGGCCCUGGCUCAGCAGCAGGACUGAAGAGAAGGGAUUUGGGGAAAGACGCGAAUCAGGAAACUUAAGUGCGAGUGAAAUGUGUGCCUGGCACACUGACACGACUCCAGCUGUUCGCCCCUCUUUGCCGACCUGUUGCUCCCACCUCUGUUCAUGGUAGCAUCUUCCUGGCACGCGGAGCUCUUCAGCACGGGCCUCGCCUAGGGUCACUGUCCCAUGUCAUUAGAAAUCAGUCUUCCAUUUGAGGGAUCCCUAAGUCAUCGGUGUGGUGGCACAACAGCUCGCUUUGUCCCAGACUUCUCGGGAAAGGGCAGGAAGCAAAAUUAUCAGCAGUUUUGACCCUUGGCCACUGAUGGCAUCUCCAGCAGUGGCGAUUCAUCUCCGUCCCACUCCCUGUCCUGAACGAGAUGCUAAGAAAGGAAAAGGAGUCACAGCUCCUUAGUGGUAGGAGUACAGGGAGAGCUCUCUUAGUUGUGGUUACUGUGACUGUGGUGUCCCUAUCACUGGAUAUUUUGGAACAAUCCAGAUUUCUAUAUUCUGCCAUUGUCAUAAACCAUUUGAAUGCUUGGAGGUCACAGUGUCCGGCAGUGCAAAGGUAGACACUCAGGCCACCUCCUCUGCCCAGGAGUACCACAGAAAACUCCUGUGACAAACCAUGUCGUCUGGUUUGGGGAUAUAAAUCAUCGAAUCAAUAUAAUCAUCAAAACUAUGGCUAAUGGAUAAAUGCAAAUUUCACAGAAUGUCUUUCUUACUGUACAUGGGCUUUGUUUUCAGUCUGUUUCUAGGAGUUUGAAUUGUGAUAUUGUUCUUUGAGCUGAAAUCUAAUUUACACAAUCAUUCUACAUUUAAAGGUUAAACACAUACUUCCUAAUGAAGUUUUUUCUUAAAAUCGAAGUAAAACAGCAUCACUUGU